AGGAUCCCCCCGUUGCCGUUGGGGUCCCUCCACGUCCCCUGGUGCCCCCCAGGACCGGGAUCGGGAUCGGGAUCGGCUCCAUGGACACCUUCCAGUCCCCCACGCCCUCAUCCCGCCGGGACAAAGAGGAGCCCGGCCCCGUGUCCGUGACCAUCCCGGCCUCUCCCUUCAUGCAGAAGUUGGGAUUUGGCACCGGAGUCAGCGUCUACCUGAUGAAAAGGUCCCCGCGGGGGCUGCCCCGCUCUCCGUGGGCCGUGAAGAAAAUCAAUUCCGGCUGCUCCCAGAGCCAGCGGAGGCUCUUCCAACGGAGGCUCCGGCAGGAGGCCCAGACCCUGCGGAACCUGCAGCACCCCAACAUCGUGGGGUACCGGGCGCUGACCAAGGCUCCGGACGGGAGCCUUUGCCUGGCCAUGGAAUUCGGGGGGGAGAAAUCCCUGAACGACCUGAUCGAGGAGCGCCGGGAGCAGGGCCUGGGAAUGUUCCCGGCGGAAACCAUCCUGCACGUGGCCCUCAGCAUGGCCAAGGGCCUGGAGUACCUGCACACGGAGCAGCGGCUGCUGCACGGCGACAUCAAGUCCGCCAACGUGGUGGUGCGCGGCGCCUUCCAGGCCGUCAAGAUCUGCGACGUCGGCGUCUCGCUGCCCCUGGAUGAGAACCUGGAAGUCAGCGCGCCGUCGCCGUGCUACGUGGGCACGGAGCCGUGGCUGCCUCCGGAGGCGCUGGAUCCGGCCGGCGCCAUCUCGGACCGCGCCGACAUCUUCGCCUUCGGCCUGACGCUCUGGGAGAUGCUGGCCCUGAGCGUGCCCCACAUGCCCCUGCCCCACAGCGACUCCGAAGGUCGGGAAUAA